GAGCCCCGGGCCCACCACCACCACGUACCGUUUGCAGCUGGCUGCGCUGCCAGCUGGGGGAGUGGCCGCCGGCCCCGCCUGCCCGGCAAGGGGAAGGGGCGGGGCCCGGCCCGGCCCGGGGAGCCCUGAGAGCUUCGCUCGCCUCUGGUAGCCGCCUCCUGCAGCGGAGCGGCUGGGUGUGAGAGCGUGACGGCCACGUUUAAGCUUUGUGGGUGACCAUGAACGCUAGUGGCCCUGGAUAUCCAUUAGCUUCUUUGUAUGUGGGAGAUCUUCACCCAGAUGUGACCGAAGCCAUGCUGUAUGAGAAGUUCUCACCUGCUGGACCAAUCAUGUCCAUCAGAGUUUGUCGGGAUGUUGCCACACGUCGAUCGCUCGGUUAUGCCUACAUAAAUUUUCAGCAGCCCGCUGAUGCUGAGAGGGCCUUGGACACCAUGAAUUUUGAAGUGAUCAAAGGUAGGCCCAUUCGAAUCAUGUGGUCCCAGCGAGACCCUGGCCUCAGGAAAUCAGGAGUUGGGAAUGUCUUCAUCAAGAAUCUGGACGACUCCAUUGACAACAAAGCCUUGUAUGAUACGUUCUCAGCCUUUGGGAAUAUCCUUUCUUGCAAGGUGGUUUGUGAUGAGAACGGAUCCCGUGGUUAUGGCUUCGUUCACUUUGAGACUCAUGAGGCAGCAAAUCGGGCCAUUGACACCAUGAACGGGAUGCUGCUCAAUGACCGCAAGGUCUUUGUCGGCCAUUUUAAAUCCCGUAGAGAGCGGGAGGCAGAAUUUGGGGCCCGGGCGAUGGAAUUCACCAAUGUCUAUAUCAAGAACUUUGGGGAUGAUAUGGAUGAUGACAGACUGCGGGAAAUAUUCUCCAAGUUUGGGAAGACGCUGAGUGUCAGAGUUAUGAUGGACGACACUGGUCGCUCGAAAGGGUUUGGGUUUGUCAACUUUGAGAAGCACGAAGAAGCCCAGAAGGCUGUGGCAGACAUGAAUGGGAAGCAGAUCAAUGGCCGGAUGGUGUUCGUUGGCCGAGCUCAGAAGAGGAUGGAGCGUCAGAGUGAACUGAAGCGUAAAUUUGAACAGAUCAAACAGGAAAGAGUGAGCAGAUACCAGGGGGUGAAUUUAUAUGUGAAGAACCUGGAUGAUGGUAUUGAUGAUGAGCGGCUGAGAAAGGAGUUCUCUCCAUAUGGUACCAUUACUAGUGCAAAGGUGAUGACAGAGGGUGGACACAGCAAAGGGUUUGGGUUUGUAUGUUUUUCCUCCCCAGAAGAGGCUACCAAGGCCGUGACGGAAAUGAAUGGACGGAUCGUCAGCACCAAGCCUUUGUAUGUUGCCCUCGCUCAAAGAAAGGAGGAAAGAAAAGCGAUUCUCACCAACCAGUAUAUGCAGAGACUGGCCACUAUGAGGGCCCUGCCUGGCCCUCUCCUUGGCUCCUUCCAGGCACCCACAGGGUACUUCUUGCCUGCCAUCCCACAGCCACAAACCAGAGCUACUUUCUACAGUCCUAGCCCAGUUGCCCCAGUCCGUCCUGCCCCUCGGUGGAGCACACAGCCCUCCAGGCCUCCCUCAGCCUACCACACGGCUACUCCAAUCCUGAGGGCUGCAGCUCCACCCAGGCGCCUGCUAUCCAACAUCAGCACCAUGAGACAGGCAUCUACCCAGGUGCCCCGAGUGCCACCGCAUGCCCAGAGAGUGGCCAACAUAGGGACCCAGACGCUUGGUGCCCGUGCACCCACCUCACCAUCCCUGCUGCGGGGCGUGCCACAGUAUAAGUACUCCUCAGCAGUGAGGAACAUCCAGCCGAUGGGAAGCGUGGCACCUAUGCUGGUACAGCAGGCUGGAGAACCUGCUGUUCAUAUUCAUGGGCAGGAGCCUCUGACUGCAUCCAUGCUCGCUGCAGCUCCCCCUCAGGAGCAGAAGCAAAUGCUAGGUGAACGCCUUUACCCCCUAAUCCAUGCCAUGCAUGCCUCCUUGGCUGGGAAGAUCACAGGAAUGCUGCUAGAGAUUGAUAACUCGGAGCUGCUGCUUAUGCUGGAAUCACCAGAAUCCCUCCACUCCAAGAUCGAGGAAGCGGUUGCAGUGCUCCAAGCACACCAGGCUACCGAAUCAUCGCUUAACAGCAGUGCUGCAACAUUUCUCCUAUGAGACCCAGAGGAGGGACUGUGAAGAACGCUUGGCUCAGAAGAUAAAGCAACUACAACCCUGACAUGCAUCACCACAUAUAUUGGAAGCAUUUAUUUAUUUUUUCUGUGUACAGACAGUGACACUGACUUGCAUUCAAAGCCCAGCGUUACUUUUUCUUUGUGCAUCUAAAACUUUGCAAAAUGAUUUUUCUCCAUAAAUGAACUGUAUGUAACACUGUCCAUGUGAGCUCUCUUCUGGCAAUCCUCACUGCUGAGUGCAGGUAGUAAAAAUGUUAACAAGGAGGCACGUGGUAGAAUGACCACCUCUCCUUGUGAGUGGCGAGGAGGGAGACACGAUUGGUUCAGUUGUAGUGUUCCAUGAGAUGACAAAUCAUCAGAGCUUGUCAUUUUUAGUAAGUUCUUUUGGGUUCUGUAAUGUUAUAUUUGUUCCUGUGGUUGACACCAUAAACAGCUGAUACAUCCACCCUCACUAUGUGCUCGUCACUGUCUUUCUUUCAAGAAGAAAUGGUUUCUUCUUUACAAAUGGCGGUAAAAGUGAUUAGACCUAAGGCUGAUCUUCAGCAAUAAGGGAGGGAUGGAUGGGUCAGAGGCCUAUAAUGUUCCUGAAAACUGACUAGGAGACAAAAGAGUAGGACUGAAUAGUCAAUUUUCAUCCUGGCAAAAGGCUAACAAUAGGCUGCCACAAGACUCUGUUUUAGGUCCAGUGUUUUAAUGCAUCUUCUUAAUGAUUUGGAAAGUGGGGGGAGCCAUGAAGCAGCAAAAUUUGUAGAUGACACAGUUGUCUGUUAGUCAAGACCAGAGAGGACCGUGAGGAACUUCAAAGAGAUGUAACCAAGCUAGGUGAAUGGGCAAAUGAAGCUUGGUGUUGAUAAAUGCAAAGUGAGAGGAAAAAAAUAAAUCAGUCUUGCUUGGUUCUAACUUAGCUGCAUGCAGUCAGGAAAGGGACCUGCUUGUCACUGUGUACUGCUCUGUGAAGACCUCUGUUCCAUGUACAGAUGUGGUCAAAAAAAGCAGACAUGGUAGGAUGCACAAGGAAUGGGAUGUAUAAUAUAGAAUAUAUUAGGAUAUCAUUAUUCUAGGCACAGCAGGUAGUGCUGCCUAUAAUUAAGGUUGCCUGACACAUUCCUUCAGUUGCUUGUAUCUUUGCCCAAACAGCUAUAGUUUGGCAUGUCCCAUGCUGGGUGUUUGCCUCUGCUGAACGCUAUUUAGGGGGGAUUUUGAUCAUGUAAUUAUAGACUAAUGAAUGCACAAUGACAUGGGGUGCUAAGGUAAGGUUGUACUGUCAGCCUUAAUUCUGGCAUUUCCUAACUUGAGUGCUUGGUUCUGCAACCUUAACACUUUCUAUGUAAUUUAUUUUCCAUGUAAUAGAGAUCACGGGUGCAGCCUCAUCUGGAAUACUGAGUGUAGUACUGGUCACUCCAUUUCAAAAAGGAUAUUGCAGAAAUAAAGGGAAAUGAGAGAAGGGCCACAAAAAUGACUGUGGGGAGAAAUUGGAAAAACAUGAUGAGAGACUGAAAAGAGUAGGAUCCUUCAUCUUAGAAGGGCGAUAAGAGGGGAUACAAAAUAUGGAAAAGUGAAUGUUAAAGAGAUGGCAGAGUGGGAGUUUCUGUUCUCCCUGCCUCUUAACACAGGAACAAGAGGACGUUCUGUGAAAUUCAACCAAAUUGUGCAACUCAUUGAGAUCAAGAACUAGUGUGGGGGACAGAUUACAGAAGAUGUAAGAAUGUCACACUAAGCCACUAUGAAGUAAAGCAUCUAGUGCUGGCCACCCUGGGAGACAGAAUCCUAGACUAGCUCAGAGCCUAGGUCUAUCGAGUAUGGAGACUCCUGUGAACGGGAGGGAUUCCAGUAGCAGGGACUGGGUUAAUCUGUUAUCUACAUAAUUUUUGUACCAAAGGAUUUUUAAGUGUUACAAACACAAAACAAUAUGAAUUGCUCUGCACACCACUGAAAUGCCAUUAUCUUGGCUAGAAAAUGUCAUUCUUCAUCCUACUCUCCAUUCUCAAUCGCAGCCAGUUUUGCUGUUUCAGUACUUGGCCUCUCUUGGGCAAAAACUCAAGUUUAGUGCCUGCAGAAAUGUUAGUAAUCAAUAAUGCACCUUGUUACUUAUGACACCCUACUCAGAGCUGGGACUGAACUGGCUGUCAGAAACACUUAGCAUUAAACUAUGUCCCUCGUGGACUUCCUAGUCAGAGAUGGCAAAGAUGUACAGUUUAUUGCAUACAACUGAAGGGGGAGAGGAGAUGGGGAAAACUGUGAGGGAAGCUAAGGUCUAUAAGCAGCAAUCACAUGGGUAAGAGCGAGUGUAACUGCUACCUCCUGGGUAGAACCACUCCUGAGCUCCAGCAGAAAUAGGUCUUGGCCCAGGACAGAAGAGGCUAACAGGAGAUGAUGCUCCCUUUCUCCUGUGUUCUGAUGAUGUCCUUUGGCUACCUUCUGUGAAAAGCUUCUAUAUGAAUGUGCUGUGCUCCCUCCUGCAUGUGUUCACAGUUAGUACCUGGAGCUUAGGCUCCAUAAUAGAAAGCUGUUUUUCAUUGUUGUUUGCCUGAUUUUUCUCAUCUAAACACUUCCAGUUUGGGGUAAAGAAAGUGUAGUUCAAUGUGAGAUGAACACUAUGAGUACCA